AUGUUGCAAACAUGGUUGUUUCCACAGUUACAAGCGGAUAGUGAUGAGUUUGUUUUUCAACAAGAUGGAGCACCGCCGCACUGGAAGUUAGAAGUUCGCCGGUAUUUGAACGGUGAACUCCCUCAGCGGUGGAUUGGGCGUAAAGGAAACGACGAUUUGGCGAUUCAUCCCUGGCCACCACGUUUCCCUGACCUCACACUUAAAAUCAGAAUCAAAGAUGCUGUUAAUGCCGUGACACCAGAUUUGAUCAGCAACGUUUGGGAAGAAUUUGAUUACCGUAUAGAUGUGUGUCGGGCGGCCGGUGGGAGUCAUAUUGAACAUUUGUAA